AAACUUCCAGCACCUACUUGCUACCGACCGUAACCUCCCACGUUAUGUUUUCCAUUUAUUUCCUUUUGAUUUCCCAUUCUUCAAUUCUAAUCACACCACCACCUUAAAAAAAAUGGUGUAAAUAUUAACCGAAUUUUCCAAAAAUGGAGGGGUGGUUUUCAACGUCAAGUUCAGCUAAUGACGAUCAGCAACAGAAAGCAGGAGGUUCGUCUUCAUCUUCUUUGCUUGCUGAUUGGAAUUCAUACGCUUCUUCUCAACAGGAUCAGGAUCCUUCUAAUUCCGCCAUCAGCUUCGAUCUUGAAUCUGCUGUUAGAUCUGCCAAUAACACCGUCACCGGCACUUUCAGCGUUGUUUCUAAAAGUGUGAGAGAUAUACCUGGAAACUUCCAGUCUGCGACUAGCAGUGUUCCCUCUGGGAAAGCACUCCUGUAUUUUGGUUUGUUUCUGGCGAGCGGAGUCUUCUUCAUUUUCAUUGCAUUUACCUUGUUCCUGCCUGUGAUGGUGGUUAUGCCCCAAAAGUUUGCUCUAUGCUUUACUCUUGGGUGUGGAUUUAUUAUUGGAUCAUUUUUUGCUCUAAAAGGGCCAAAGAAUCAACUUUCUCACAUGUUUUCAAAGGAGAGGCUCCCAUUCACACUGGGGUUUAUACUCAGUAUGUUUGGUACCAUUUACGUAUCAAUGGUGCGUCAUAGCUACAUUCUAUCUGUUGUAUUCUCCGUUGUACAGGUUCUCUCACUCGGAUACUAUGCUAUAUCAUAUUUUCCUGGUGGAUCUGCUGGAAUGAGAUUUCUGACUUCUGCUUUAAUGUCCAGAAUAAUGACUUGUUUUGGGAGGUGAUUUGGUUUUGGUUAUUAUUGUUAUACAUUUUAUGGGGGGAGGGGUAAACUUUGUCUAUAGAUAGGUGAAACUUUGAACUGACCCAGAACAGGAUAAUGCUGAGUUGAAACAUCAUCUAACAUGUCCUGAGAUUUCAAUGUUUGUUGCCACCUCUUAAUGAGAAAAUUGGUUGAUCUCUUUGCCAUAAGUUGUAAUCUUUAUUGCAUGCGUAUGGGUAUGAAUAUCACUGUUUCACAA